UAGUCGAGUAUCGCGUAAAAGAAAAAGAAAUCUCCCCGUCUCGUUCUCGUUGUCUCCUCCGCUCCUUGCGCCGCCGCCAAGACGAGUCGCGUCGCGGCUGAACAGGGGAGGGCCGGGCGGCGAUCUCCAUCUGGCGAGCAGAGCAGCGGAGGGGAGGGGAUCCUGAGGAAAUGCAAGUUAAUAAAGAGGCACCUCUGGGGUGCCUCAAGCCAAUUUCUCAGUAUAACCUGCAAGAGCAGAGAAGCAACGGGUUUCCUGAGAAUAGUGAAAAAAAGAAUGAUAGUAUUGCAACAGAAAGAGUCUUGGAGGCAUCUCCUCUUCCAAAUCAAGGCUUUUUCAGACCCGUUCAACGGACAGAAUAUUAUGCCUAUCCAUUUAUUUAUGCUGAUUACCAAAUGCCGGGACAGCCACAACCUUACAACUUAGAUAACCAAUUUUAUCAAAUAAACAGGGACCACAGUUUUCCUAUUGAGAGUAGAGUUCAAUAUCUUCCAUUCAAGAUGCCCCCUCAAGGUUACCCUCCUGAUGCACAACUUCAGGAAUUUCAAUAUUUUGUGGUUAUUGACUUUGAAGCAACCUGUGACAAGGAGAACAAUCCACAUCCACAAGAAAUCAUUGAGUUUCCAUCUGUCUUGGUUAACAGUGCAACUGGACAACUUGAAGCUUCCUUCCAAACGUAUGUUCGGCCGGCAUAUAAUCAACUUUUGACUGACUUUUGCAAGGAGCUUACGGGCAUUCAACAAAUUCAGGUAGACAGAGGUGUGCCUCUAAGUGAGGCAUUGCUCAUGCAUGAUAAGUGGUUGGAGGAAAAAGGGAUUAAGCACAAGAACUUCGCUGUUGUGACAUGGUCUAACUGGGAUUGCCGUGUAAUGUUGGAAUCUGAGUGCAGAUUAAAGAGAAUCAGGAAGCCCCCUUACUUUAACAGGUGGAUAAACUUGAAGGUUCCUUUCCAGGAAGUGUUUGGGGGUGUCCGGUGCAACUUAAAAGAGGCAGUUCAGUUGUCUGGCCUUACAUGGGAGGGCCGUGCCCACUGUGGGCUCGAUGAUGCUCGCAACACCGCUCGCCUCCUUGCAUUGCUGAUGCACCGGGGCUUCAAGUUUUCGAUCACCAACUCGCUUGUGUGGCAAUCUGCCCCGCAGUCAAUAACGUGCCAGUCGUCCCCUGCGCACUCUCCGUAUCCCAACCAAUCACACCAUAAGCCAAUGGAAGUGAUGGGAUCUCCUGUGCAGGUUAACCCAUACGCCGGCAUCACAGUGAAGAAGCCGAUGUACUGCCACUGCGGCGUGCUGAGCCAGAUCAAAGUUACCUACAGACCAGGCCCGAUGCACGGUCGAUAUUUCUACGGAUGCGGAAACUGGACAUCCACAAGGGGGGCAAACUGUGACUACUGGGUAUGGUUGUCAUGAAAGAAAAUGAAAUCCUGCCUCCAUGCGAAAUCCGAAAUCCGAAGGAGGGCAAAGACCUGGAGCUUUUAACAAGGGAGGCUACUAGUUUGCAGUUGGUUUGGCUUGCUGCGCCUCCCUCGUCGUAUAUAUGAUAUAACUUUGCUCAUAAGACUAUUGGAAGUUUGAACUAGGUAGUGUCUAACCUGUCAAUACUGACUUCUGUUGAUAGAAGAGAAUGGGGGGGAUCAGAUGCUGCUUAGGAUGCUUUAUCCAUGAAUAAUCUUAAGUUUGUGGACGCUUGGUUUUAACUUAAAAGAUGGGACCAUCGUAGGUGUGAUUUGUGCGACAAGAUGUCUGAAGUUUGGGCUUGCAGGUUGUUUUGCUCACAUUGUGCCAGUAAGAGUGAUUGUUAGAACAGAGUAUACACACAUGCAUCAUCAUUGUCUUCUUCCUGAAA